CCCCCUCCCUCCUCGCUGAUUGGCCGAGCCGGAGGGGGGGCUGUUUGAAUGUGUUGUGUUCAGGGAACUCUUCGCUUUUCUCUUCGCUUUUCAAGGAUUUUAUGAAGAAUUCGAACCGGAGACCUCGUCCAGCUCCUCGCGCAGACUGUGCUGCAGCGUCUUUCCUCUCGUGGACCGGACCUGUGUGUUGACGGAGAUGCGUCACAACACCUCUAGCAGUCGUCGGAAGGGCAAGGCCCCUCAACACCGCUCCGAGGUGUCGGCCCCAGGGACCUCUGGCUCCACAGCCCGGUCCCCACAGAGGAGCAGUGGUUCAGUCGUGCGUCCCGUGACUCCCAAGAAGAGAAGGUUCCGACCAGGUACAAAGGCCUUGAUGGAAAUCCGCAAGUUCCAGAAGAGCACGGAUCUUCUGCUCAGGAAGGGACCGUUCUCUCGCCUGGUUCGUGAGGUUUGCCAAACUUUUUCCAGAGAGGCUCUCCGAUGGCAGGUUUACGCUAUUCUCGCCCUGCAGGAGGCUGCAGAGGCGUUUCUCGUCAUGCUGUUCUCGGACGCCAACCUGUGCGCAAUCCACGCCAAGCGAGUGACCCUGUUCCCCCGCGACAUUCAGCUGGCACGGAGGAUCCGCGGCGUGGAUACCCUGUGAAAACACCUCACAACACAAGUAUCGCAACAGGAACGAGAUGCUCUCGACCAGUUUAAACUUUUCACCUGUUUUUAAAAACUUUCUGACAUUUUAUUAAAUUUGGGUCUGAAAAUCCUUGAGAAAAAAAUUAUAUUUAUCAUAAGUUGGCAAAAUAUCAUCAGGCUGACAAGUUCAGGUCAACUGAGUCGGCUUCAGAAGUUUUUUAAAAGAAUGAAAAUUCUUAAAGUGUUUUUAUACAUUUGUAAAUGAUUUUAAUACCCUGUGUUUGACUGUGAUCACUCCUCUGUGAUGUAUCAUAACGUGUAAUGUUGCUCCAUAAUUCAUGUAAACGUAUUUUCUUAAUAAAAAGCCAUUUUCUUCCUAUUAAA